UUCCGGAUCAGAAGCCCCGUACAGGGUGAUCAACGGCAUGGAAGGGCAAGGAGUCCAAAUCGCAUGCGAAUACGAAACGGCUCUUAGACCUCCGACCAUAGCGUGCUGUAAACUGAUAACUGAACACACAUGUAUGCCCACAGUGAGUGGUUCUGCACAUGUGACAGGAAGUAAGGUUAGACUGUCGGUGUAUCUUGGACACCUGUCUGAAAGGGACUCUGGGGAAUACUGGUGUGGAAUCUGGACUCUAGACGGCAGCCCAAAUGUAGAGUACGUUGCGGAAAAAAUCCUUCUUCGAGUUUUGAAAGCAGGAAUUCCUUCCGGUGUUCCCAGAGAACACAUCCCUCUAGUUAACCUCACUGCUGAGUCUGCCCCUGAACAGAAAAGCAACAUCAGUCUCUGGAAUAUCAUCCCCCUGCUUGUAGCCACAGUUGUGCUCAUUCCAUUCCUGAUCUUCGCUAUUUCCAUUAGGAUACUCAGGAGAGCAAGGGAAGCGGGCGAUACAGAAACUGUUCCACUCCCUCCCCAGGAUUCCAUUACGAUGUGCAAGUUUUCUAGCGGAACCGAGACUACGGUAGAUGACAUCACUUACACGGUUCUGACGCUGCAUUCUCCAGCUUCACCAGCAGAGAGCAGCAACGCCAACAUGCAGCAAAGACAGAGCAGCGACCAGCCCCAUCAGCAAACAGAGGCUGUGGAGUACUCCUCCAUUGUGUUCUAGACUGGCCAACAGGACUGGGUCAAUUCAAACUUGAAGCCAAUUUAAACGAUUGAAAAUGACUUUGAUUCAAGUAAUGUGUUGUCGCUAUAAGAAGAUUGUUUUAAUACAAUACUGCAAACAGCACUUUUGAUCAAUGGUAUCUUGAAAUUGAUUAUAAGGGAAUGCGAUUGGGGAAAAAAGGGAACUGAACCCAACCUUGCUGAUAAAGCAGUGGUAAUCAAUAGAAAAAUACAUAUUUCCCCAAUUAUAAUAGUAUCCUUUAACAGACUGAAGAACACUUUUUUUUGACUAAUGCAAUUGUCCUCUUCUUCAAAAUAAAAAAAAAUAUGAUUAAUGAAAGCAGGAAGGCUACAUUCUAAAAUAAUAAUGGAAUUAAAAGACAACCCUGAGGCAAAAAGCCUGAUGUUUGUUUUAAAUGGUUUUGGCAGUUGAACUGACACACAUCUGCCCCUUCCUCUGCUUGGAUAACAAGUUCCAUUCAUUCAAAGGUAAACCUAACUCAGGUGAAUUCAUUUACAGGGAACAUUGACUACAAACUGGAAAGAGCACAAAGCAUGGAAAAAUAAAGUGUUUUCACUUUGUUUAUUAUUUAUACGGAAAUAAGCAAUUGUAAAUGCAACAUAAUAAAAUCAGUCCUAUUCUUAGUUUGUACUAUGCACUAGGUUGGAUGUAAAAUAAAAAAAAAAUACAUUCAAAUAAAACAUUUUAAAAAAUUUGAAAAGGAAGAAAAAUAGUGACUUGUACAUAUCUUCUGCAAGGCAAUCUCUGAUGUUACUUGUAUUGCUUGGGUGAAUAUGCCCUCUUCUGGUGUAAAUGAGACAGCUACAAUACAGUACUCCCAAAACAUUCAGCAUUUUUUGUCACCUUGGUUUUAGUCAGUUUAAAAAGGAGUUGCCAUAGAUUGAAAAAAAAACAGCAUUUUACUUCUGAACUGAUUUACGAUUUUUAGACUGGUUUCACAGUCUGAUUAUUACCAAUCCCGUUUUGAGUAGAGUUACGCAAUGAUGUAAGCAUUAACACAUCAUAUGCCAUAAGUAACUAAAACACCCAAGUCUAACAGUAUUUUAACACAUCAGCCUCCCUGCGCACGGAUUAGAAUCUGCUCUGGUUACUGGUCUGCAUGUUCAGCGGUACAUUAUAAUCGAUUUUCCUUGAGCAGAGUGUUUCAGGCAGUAAUGCGUUGUUACAAAAAGGCUGGGUUUAAUGAGGAGGAAAAAACACAUCAAUAAACGCCAGCGACCUACAUUUGAAAUGGUACACACACUGUAGAUAAACAAAUAUUUGAAGAACUAAUUAACAUUGUUGAUACAAUCUAGUUUAUCUUGAACUACUACACACAGAGAAACAGUACAACAGGAGGCUGUGUUGUCCAGUGGUUAAAGAAACAGCCUUGUAACCAGCAUGUCCCCGGUUCAAAGCCUAGCUCAGCCACUGACUCACUGUGUGACCCUGAUCAAGUCACUUAACCUCCUUGU